AUGCAGGACUCUGGAGCGUCGGAACUCGGCAGACCGAGCUGGGGCGUCAUGACCGGCGACUACGUUCACGACUUCGACUUAGAUCAGCUAGAAGAGGUCGUGAAACAAGAAAUGGAAUCUCGGGCGAAAUUGGGAAUGACAACUUGUGUAGUAGGGGAUAGUGGUCACAUUGCAGCUACCAUGGGGCCAGCUUUGAGCCCCAAUAUUAAUCAUAUAGCAGUAACCAAUCAUUUGAGAGGAAUAGGUCCAGGACCCAGGAAGCUCGUGGCUCUAGCAACCAGCACCCCAGGAACACCCCCUGACACACCACCUUCUCCAGCUUUUGCCACGGUACCCACGUCAGCACUAUCGAGUCCAGUUAUGCCAUCCUCCACCAUCGACCCUAAAUCACCAGGCCUAGUGGAAGAUAGCAUGAUGUGGUUGACUCAGACUUUACGCUAUGGGGGUUUCACUUCUCAGGAGCCACUUGACCUGCGACCACAGUGUGGCCAAGAGAUGGAUACUUCCUGGUUCAUGCGGCGAGAAUUUCCAGAAGCACCGACGUCCGUAGUGCAUUCUUAUCAACCUCCACCAUCUGAACGUACCCUCAUCAGCUCUUGUACUACAAGUCAAGUACCCUGUUCCACACCAUUCCAAUCCCUGAACGGAGCCCCAGGAUCAGGGGUUUAUUGUCCUACACCCACAACUAACCAUACCUCCCGUGACCUUCGUUUAAAUGACGAUAUGCUUAUCCGCAUGUCAGUACGUGAACUGAACAAGCGACUACAUGGAUACUCACGCGAGGAAGUGGCCCGCAUCAAAAAGAAGCGACGGACGCUCAAGAACCGAGGCUACGCCCAGAACUGUAGAACGAAGCGACUGUCUCAACGACAUGAACUAGAGGGAAAGAAUCGGGUACUGCAAGCUGAGGUCAACCAUCUGAGACAGGAGUUAGAGCGUCUUUGUCAAGAAAGGGAUUAUUACAAGCAACAGUUCACUGGAUUACGAGGGAGAGAAUGUUCUCAAGGGUCCAUCUCAAGUUUCUCCAGCGGAGGAGGAAGUAACCCCAGUUCUCCAGAGUUUUACAUAUGA